AUGAUCAUUCCCGAAUCUGAAACAACAUCAUGGUUACCUAUAGUUGGUGUCUCAUUGGUUUGUCUACCAUGGGCUUUUUGGUUUUUCACAUGCUUAUAUAGAAUUUUUUCAAGGUGUUUUGGAUUUAGAGUUAGAAUGGGAAUGUCUAACAGCGGAGGGGGCGGUGGAGGAGGAAAUUGGGGUGCUACAAAUCCACCUAAGAAUGCAGAUGUUGAAGUUGCAACUUCAUCAAGAGGUAGUGGUGGUGGUGGUGAGUUGAAUAGGGCAUCAUCUGUGGCCUCACAUGAAAGUGAAAUGGCAUUGGCAAAAUCUAUGGGCUCAUGA